UUAAGAUAUUGUAAUACUCCCUCGUCCCAGAAUUAACUUCGGUUUUGACUGGGCACGAAGAUUAAGAAAGUGAGAAAUAUGUAGUGGAGAGUUGUGCAGAGGAGAGAGAAAUGUGUAAGAAUGGUUGUGAACCAUAAAUCCUUUGCUAAAAAGGGAAAGAAGAGAUAAAUUUGAGACGGACCAAAAAGGAAAGAAUGAAGAUAAUUAUUGGACGGGGAGUACAAAGUAUCAAAUUUAGUAAAAUUUGAAUGGUUCUAAAUCAUUCAAAAAAAAGUGUAUUUAGUUCAUUCUUUCUAGACUAAAGUAUAUCAGAAUUUCUUUUUUAUUUAAAAUGAAGGUUGCUUCCUUUCUGGCGCUGUGAAGCCCGUGUGAACCAUCCUUUCAAAAUUUUCAACCAUUGCUGUGCACACCUCUUUAUAAUCCCACCCCACUCCCCGCCCUUCUUCUCACUACUCUCUCCAUCUUUUCUUCUCUUCUUCUUUCCCUUCAACUCAACCUUUCUCUGCAAAAAGUAAGCUCAAAUGGCCUCCCCUGAUGAUACCUCUGCUCUCGACCUCAUCAGGCACCACCUUCUUAACGAUUCUCUGUUCCUUGAACAUUACCCAGAAUUCCGAUUUCAAUCGGAGCCGCAGGUUGUCUCCAGCCCGACCAAUAAGAGGUUCUGUGAGAGGAAACCCAGUUUGAAUAUCGAGAUUCCCAGAUCUCCGGCGAAGAAAUUGGUGGAGGGGAAGGGAAAGCAAGCGCCGGAGGUUCAAGAAUCCGGCGAAAUCAAGAGGCACUACAGGGGCGUGAGGAUGCGUCCCUGGGGGAAGUUCGCGGCGGAGAUCCGCGACCCGAACCGGAAGGGAACCCGGAUUUGGCUUGGGACCUUCGACACCGCCGUGGGCGCCGCGAUGGCUUACGACCGGGCGGCCUUCAAUCUGAGGGGCAGCAAAGCUAUACUUAACUUCCCGCUUGAUGUUGAGAAUUUCCGGCCGGGGAAGGACUCUCAGCCGCCGGCGUUGGAAUCUGGCCGUAAAAGGGAGAGAGAAUCUCACGCCGGGGAGGAUGUAUCGGUGUUUAAGGAGGUAAAAAGAGAAGUGGUGGAAGAAUCAUCUAAUAAGACGGAGGAGGGAAGUCAAGUCCCGGCACCGGCCGCAGCCGCAGCAGCGGCGGGUCCUUUAACGCCGUCAAGUUGGAUGGCGGUAUGGGAUUGUGGAGAACCGAAGGGUAUAUUUGAGAUUCCACAAUUGUCGCCUUUGCCAUUGUCACCAAGUUUAUAUAAUUUUUAUAGUGGAAUAAUUAAAGUUUAAGCACUAUAGUUUGAAAAGCCUUUGGGGGAAGAACAAUCUUUCUGUGAACACAAAAAUGGAGAAUUUAGGCAGUUGGAGAUGGUUCUGCCAAAUCUCUUCAAUCUUUUAUUUUAGCAUGAAUUAUUCAAUAUAAUGUAAAUAUAUGUAAGAUACACUUAUACAUAUACACCCAAGAUAUAUGAAUUUGUUACAUUUUGUACUAAUAUGUAUUUAAAGUUCAUCAUCAUCUUCUGAAUCUACCAUCCUUUGUCGUGUACCAUAAGUACUCGUAUAUUAUAGCCAAAAUAAAAUACAAG